CAGAUGAGCCAGUCUGUGCAAAAGAAUUUUCUUUUUGGUUCAGCGGCAUUAUUGCGAACCCUGAAGAGAUCUCUCCACCCUCAUCUUCAGCCCACUCCUCCGUACCCUCUACCUCCUCCCUUACAUAAGAUAUGCUGUCUGAUAGCAACACAUAGCUUUUGUACACUGCUGGGGGUUGGUUCCGGUGGUGUGCGUGUUUUUUGCAGCACGUGUGCGCGUACAUCUCUCUGUGUGCAGCCUUGUCGAUCUUUCGUCUACGAUCAUGGCCAUGAACCUCUCGGAAGCCGGCAAUUCACUGUUGAUCUACUUGGGUGUGACUCUGGUUUUUGGAGGAGCAAUCUUUUACCGAGCUAAAAAGAAGCACGUGGAGAAAGAGAUGCCUUUCUGGUGUGGUCUCUUCAUGCUUUUUGUUCUGGAGAUCCUGUGUUUUGCCACGCUGCGAAGUUUGCUGGGCUUGGCUGUCUUCUCUCUGGCAUGCCUCCUUUACUGUUUUUAUAUACCUGCUUCAGCAAUGCUACCUGUGGACCAAAAAGCCGUGCUCAUCACAGGAAGCGACUCUGGGAUUGGACAUGAGCUUGCCAAGUUCCUGGACCGCUCAGGAUUCGUUGUGUUUGCGGGCGUUUUGAACGAGAGAGGGCCCGGGGCAGAAGAGCUGAGGAGAGCCAGUUCAGAAAGGCUUUCUGUCCUGCAGUUGGACAUCACCGAUUCUCAGCAAAUACAAGAAGCUUUUCUUGAAGUAAAAAAAAAGUUGAAAAAUGCAGCUCUUUGGGGCAUCGUCAACAAUGCUGGGAUACUGGGAUUCCCUGCCGAUGCUGAAUUGCUUCCCAUGAGUAACUACAAGCGAUGCAUGGAGGUAAAUUUCUUUGGUCCCGUCGAAGUGUCAAAAGCAUUUAUGCCAUUACUCCGAAAAUCCAAAGGACGGCUAAUUAACAUAUCAAGUAUGGCAGGAGGUAUCCCGAUGCCGAAGUUUGCAGCUUAUGGAGCAUCCAAAGCAGCCCUGUCCAUGUUUUCUGGAGUAAUGAGGCAGGAGCUUUCCAAAUGGGGUAUUAAAGUGGCUGUUGUUCAUCCAUCAGCCUUCAGAACUUCGAUCCAGGGAACACCCGAGCAGUGGAGUAAGUUAGAACAGAAUCUUCUUGAGAAGCUCACACCAGAUGUGAAGGAAGAUUACGGUGAAGAUUAUAUCCUUGCUCUGAAGAACAUUCUACCCCACAUACCGACUACUUCCAGGCCUGAUCUGUCCCCUGUCCUCUUAGAUGUGUGGCAUGCAUUACUGGCAGUAAGGCCACAGGGUCUGUACACUCCAGGCAAGAGUGCUUACAAAUACCUCUUCAUCUUCCACUAUUUCCCUCUCUGGUUUUACGACCGAUACAUGAGUAAACUCGAACGGGACUCAUAUGCGCCAAAAGCUCUCAAAGCAACACAGACCAAAAACAAAAACUCAUAGGAUUUCCAGAAGAACUUGCAUCGUGCAAAAAUUUAAGAUAACAUGGAUUUAGCCAUUGGCAAUUAUAGAGGAUGAAGCCGCUCUUCACUUUUUAAGAGUGCUCCAUGGUUUAUUAAAACAUUCUAAAUGUGAUAGAAUAGGUUAAUAGUAUUCAAACAGGCAUCAUCCCAUAGGACUGCCCAGUUAAUUGCAUUCUUCCGUCACUUACAUUAUCACUCGUCCUAAGCCGAACACCUCGUGGUAUUUUGUGAUCAUUUAUUUUCACAACAACUGCCCUUCCCUGUUUCAGACACCUUUCAGUGCCCCUUAUGAACAUGUUUAAAUUGCCCUCACUCUGGAUUGUCUUGACAUGUCCUCAUUACACAGCCAAAUCAGGUGGGUGACAUGGUGUCAUGAUGUUAUCCCACUAUAUGAUUCCUUUUUUUAUUAAAAUCAAUUUUUUAUUGAAUGGGUUAACAUACAUUCCCAUAAUACAUAAUACAACUACAUUUACCCUUUAAAUCAGUAUAUAUGCCCCCAUCCCUUCCCCCUCCCCCUUUCCCCUUUUUGACUCCCAACAGCACUAUAACCCCUUUAUUUCUGAUUAUUAUCUCUAUUCAAAUACUUGUCCCUAUUAUAAAAGGUAAAGCUUUUACUUAUUCUCUAUAGAGCUUAAUAAUUGUCCAGAGACCACAACUGUCCUUUCACAUCCCACUUACUUUCAAGAUACUCCUUAAGUUUCCCCCAGUCAUUUAAAAAUUCACUUGGAUUUCGUUCUUCCCACUAUAUGAUUCCUGAUGGAGCAAGAUCACCCCUGUGAUUAUCCCACGAAAGAGGAAGUGUGAACGAAUGGUGCAGAAUAAAAGGGAAACCGUAUAUGGUAUGGGAUUUUUAAAAAGAGGAAUACUCACUUAUUUGGAAGACAUUUCCACUGUACCAAAAUCAUGAGUUUUGACCGAGUAAUUAAAAACAGAGAAUAUCCAUGUUAGCACAUAAUGUGAAUGAAUAAUUGACAGUGAUGAGAGACAACAGAGAACAAAGAGUCGGUUGGAUGAAGAAUAGCUUUUCAGUUAGGUCGACAUCUUGACAGAGCCUCAGUAGUCUCAGCUGGCAGCCUGGAGACCCAACCGACCAUUCAGGAAGUGUCCUGACACUAUCUAACAGUGAAAUCCUAGGCAGAGUCACUCCAGUCUAAGCCUAUUGAUUUCAGUGGGCUUAGAUUGGAGUAACUCUGCUUAGGAUUUCACUGUAAUUGUGUUACGUGCUGCAGUUUCACCCAGGUUCCCUUGACCCAGGAUUAACAAGGUGCAUGUCAAGGAUGUAAUAAAUUAGCAAACAGCUCUUUGGAAUGCUGACUCCAAAGCAGUGAGUUUUUCUUACCUUCGUGCCAGCAAGGAAUCCUUUGCCAAAGAUGACGAAAGAAGAGGUGUAUAUGGACAUUUUUCAGGUAGUCAUAAACAUAAAUCAAAGAUUUGUUAUGCUAUGCUCAAGGAGAGAAAUGUGACUGCUCUAAUUAUAUAAUUGUAACUUAUCAGUACUUUGUCCAGGUCACUGCGACCGGAGUUAAUGAUCCGAGAGGUUGCUUUCAUGCAAGGCAGAAUUUGAGUUGGAGCUUCCUGAAACCUGGCUGCUUUCACGCCCUAGGCUAGGAGUGUACCAUUCACAUCAGUUUUUAAAACUUGACGAAAACAUUGGAGAUGUUUUUGUCAGGGCUUGGCUGACAGCCGAAAGAGGCAUGGUGUCAGGUAUGUGCAGGAGAUGUCUGACUUUCAAAAGCCUGUUGUGGAGCAAAAGCUUAGACAAUGGAGCGUAAGUUCACACGCAUGCAAGAAAAUUUAUCUACAGAUUCCUUUGUCAU